AUCAAAUCGGUGACGUGUUUUUUACAUUUUUCAAAAAUUCUAUUUUGCCCAGGGAGAGAUACGGAUCAGAAGAAAUCCAAAGAUGGCGAAGCUGAUGCUCUUCUCCGCCGUAGUCUUAGCGAUUUUCUCCCUCGGAGCCACCGUUGAUGAUAAAUGUGCUGCUUGUAAGGCCGUCUCGGAGGAAUUGGAGUUACAGCUUUUGAAGGAAAAACCACGAAACCAUCUUGAUAUGAGAAACCGACUAAAUUCUAAAGGCCAGCGUGAAGGAAAGGUUAUUGACUACAGAAUAAGCGACCUGAGGGUGGUUGAUUUGUUGGAUGGGCUGUGUGAUCGAAUGCAGGACUAUACUCUACAAAAGGUGGAAUCUAAAAAUAGACAAUGGGUCAAAGUAGAAAGUUUUGACAAUUUAACAAAUAAACAAGAAGCUAAAGCGCACGCGAAUGACAUUUCAACUUAUUGUGGAAGGUUGCUGGAGGAAACUGAAGAUGAGCUCGCCGAGGUAAUAAAGAAUGGGUCCCUAAAAGUAGGAGACGUCCGCAAGGUUCUGUGUCAAACUUUAAGUAACCACUGCAGCAAAUCAAGUGAAUUUGACUCCGAGGAUGAGGACGACGAUGCAGAUGAAUUAUAGUUCUCAAUACAGUUAAAAUCUCACGACUUAUUUUACCAUCAAGUGAAGGUCCCAUUAUGGAGACAUUUAUGUAUGACUCAUAUGUAGCUCAGCCCCUUUUUUCAGUUUUUAUGUUCCAUCGAUAUUCUGGUGUAGAAACUUAUUUAGAUUGUGAUAGUGUUCUGUUUUAGAGCCU